AGAUACCUCUCUUCAUAUGUGCAAAUCCAGAGAUAGACAAACAUCAGUAGACAGUAAGCAAAAGCUAAAACCAAGACUCCUUUUUUGUUGAGUGAAAAAAUAAAGUGGUGGAAACCAAGAAAUCUUGCCAACCCUUUAAAUCUUUUUUCCUCAUUGUUAACUGAAAAACCAUCUUCCGAGAGCCCUAAAACUCCAAUCUUUUUACCCUCCAGAGGAAACAAGAAUGCUUUGAUUCCACCCAAUGGGUUUGCCCGGAAAUCCCUUUUGGUUUCUCCCUCUUUUUCUGGUCAUUUUAACCAUUCUUGAGCUCACACCAUCAUCCAAAUCUGCAACUGACUACACCAGCUUAGUGUACAAGGGCUGUGCAAAGCAGGCUUUAUCAGAUCCAACUGGGGUUUAUUCACAAGCCCUUUCUUCCCUGUUUGGCACCCUCAUUGCCCAGUCCUCGAAGGCGAAGUUCUUCAAGACAACCUCUGGGAGUGGGCAGACCACAAUAACUGGUCUUUUCCAAUGCAGAGGUGACCUCUCGAAUGUUGAUUGCUAUAACUGUGUUAGUAAGCUGCCUAUACUUAUAGACAAGCUCUGUGGGAAGCCUAUUGCUGCAAGAAUCCAGCUUUUUGGCUGUUACAUGCUCUAUGAGGUUGCAGGCUUUGCUCAAAUCUCUGGGAUGGAAAUGCUGUACAAGAGUUGUAGUGGAACAAAUGUUGGAGGGGCUGGAUUUGAAGAGAGAAGGGACACUGCUUUAUCUUCACUAGAAAAUGGCAUAAGUAGUAACAGUGGAUUCUACACAACAAGCUAUCAGUCUGUUUAUGUGUUGGGGCAGUGCGAAGGUGAUGUGGGAGCUUCUGACUGUGUGGAGUGUGUGAAAAGUGCAGUUCAGAGAGCUCAGGUUGAGUGUGGGAGCUCCAUUGCUGGUCAAAUCUAUCUUCACAAGUGUUUCAUUAGUUACAGCUAUUAUCCAAAUGGGGUCCCUAAAAGAUCAUCUUCUUCCUCAUAUUCUUCUCCUUCUUCUUCAGGGUCAGGGCAAAAUACAGGAAAAACAGUGGCUAUAAUCUUAGGAGGGGCAGCAGGAGUGGGGUUUUUAGUCAUUUGUUUGCUGUUUGCAAGAGGUUUAAUCAAGAAGAAAGAUGAUUAUUGAGACCAAGUGAAAUAUACAAAACCAAAGGUUAUUCUUGAGGUGGAGCUUUCUCUUCUUGCAAAAAGCUACACAAACUAGAAAACCAUCUGUAUCAUUAUGUGUUUAAGGAAGAUGGACUUAGGUUGCUUGAGUGCUGUCAAUUUUGAAUUCCACAACAUUGUAUCAACCAAUAUAAGAUCGGUCGGAGAAAGUAGGUUUUUCAGAUUGUGUAGCAUUUUUUAUCCUAGAAGAUAUUUUUCAGUGGCAGUGAAGAUGAGAUAGGGAUGAGAACUCUUGUUGGCAAGAAAAUGUUGCUAUAGAAAUUUUGUUGCCAUCAACUAAGGAUGAAGUUAAGGUCACUUGUUAAAAGAACACAAGAAUGUAAUGGCUUGUGGAGAAAAUGAGAGGAUGGCAAGUACCAAGCUGUUUUA